AUGUCUGCAUUUUAUGUCCGGCUUCAUCUUUGCUGGUCGAAAAUAAAAAAGGGCAGCGGUGCAGUAAAGAUUUUCAACUGUUUCGGUCACCAGUUCUGCCUUCACUUUGAGGCUUUCAACCUUGGAUUGGCACCAGUAUACAUGGCAUUCCUUCUUUUUAUGGGCAAUGAAGAUGAUGCAAAAAGAUAUAGUUAUAGUCUUGAAGUAGGUGGAUUUGGCAGAAAGUUAACAUGGCAAGGAGUACCGAGGAGCCUCCGUGAUAGUCACAAAACUGUCCGAGACAGUUUAGACGGGCUGAUUAUCCAAAGAAACAUUGCACUCUACUUCUCUGGUGGUGUCAUGAAUGAGCUGGAGCUCGAGGAAGGAGUAGCCGAGGGCCUUGCAAAAACAACUACUUUACCUAAGGGUGAGGUCGGAAUUGUGAUCUAG